UCCUGAAACCGGAAGUAGUGUAAUAUUGUCAUGAACUUACAAGUGCAGUGAUGUUUGGCUCAGACGAGACGCCGCCAACAUUUCCAAGCUAACAAACGGUACCUUAUCCUGGAAAGUCAAUGUUGGGUUGUAUAACUUUGCCAAAAGAAGAUGGAUGACGAGCUGGAGAACUUCAUCAAGGAGCGGAAGGCGAGAGUAGCUGCAGAUAAAGCCAGUUUAGAACAAGACCCUCCAUACAUGGAAAUGAAGGCAAACUCACACAGGGCCUAUGAAUCUGCUGUUAAAGAGAACAUUCCUCCCAAGUCUAUAGCACAGGGGAGAGAGGAGAGUUGCGGUGUGGCUCUACCCCUGGGUGUAGAGUAUGAGAGGAAGAAACAGAGGUUGCAGCAUGAGCUCCGUAUGGACUACAGGCGCUACAUGGCUCAGAAAAAACACUUUGACCCUGGAACAUUAAUCCACCUCGAUAACAAGAGGUCUGUCAAGCAAGACCUGCUUGAAGACCAGGCAGGUGUUCUUCCCAAACAGCGACCUCCGUCGCGCAGGGAUGCAGCUACUCUAACAGAGGACAGUAGGGGAUUUCACAGGGCGUUGCGUCUCGCUGAGGUUAAGACCCUCUGCUCUGAAGAGGACGAGGAGCAGUUGUCAGCACUUUCUAGGUAUCAUGACAGGCUGGGGAAGCCAAUUGACCAGGAGUCAGAGGAGGAAGAUUUCAAGGAGGAGCUGGAGCUGAUGGAAGGCCGAAGGCGCAGGCAUACGGGGGUUGGGCCCAGUUAUGAGAAGUGGCGACCCAAUAAGAGUGAUGGCAGGGAGAAGAGGGAGAAUCCAGAUGGUGCUGCCAGAGAAGGCAGAAGACCAAAAGCACUGAACAAAAAUGAGGAUGCAGAGUUUGCCACUGGCCUUAUAAUAGGAGUAGCUGACACAGAAGAUGCCUUACAGAGGAGGAAGAUGCGCUACAGACAGGAGCUGCAGGAGCAGAUAGCAGAACAGCAUAGGAACAAGAAAAGGGAGAAAGAUUUGGAGCUGAAAGUUGCUGCGACGGGUGCAAAUGAUCCUGAGAAACAGCCGGACCGAAUCAGACAAUUUGGACUGGGCAGGAGAAAAGAUCAUUGGGCUUUGGAGCCUUCAGCAACAGGAGAAAGUGAAAAAUCAUCUAGGCGUCUACCUAAUAAUGCCAACACAGGUGUUCGAGGCAAAGAGAUUCCUCCUCCUGAGCAGCCCCAUGUGGCCUUCCAGUCCCCAAUGCUGGAGUACAGCUCUGCCCUGGGCCUGGCAGGAGGAGGCCUGUCUCCCACCAGCCAGCCUGCUGCCCUCUCCUUCCCCAGAGCCAUGGACACUCCCAGAAUGAACCUGUUCCUUCCUCCUCCUCCUUCAACUCUCAGUGAAGCCUACAGAAACCCUUAUGGAGAGACUCAUCACUACUACGGCUCCAGGAACCUGCUUGACCCAAACGCGGCCUACUAUGGUCACUUGUCUCUUCCUGGUGCUGGCCCUCCUAUGCCCUACUGGAACGUACCACCGGGUGGCGCUGCCCCCAGCCAGUACAGCCCUCACAGCCAGCACAGUGGAAGCAGUUUCCCUGAGCCUGCAAACCAGCCUAGCAAUGAGGCUGCUACUGUGGACUCGCAAGUCAGCGCUUUCCCUUCAGAGAGUUCUAGAUCACCCAGGGAGAAGAUUCUGAGCUACAGGGAAGCUUUGAAACAACAGAUUCAGGAGCAGCAAGAACGGAGGUGCCUGGAGAGGGAGGAGAUGGAGCGUUACGAGGCCCAGCUGGAGGUGGAGAUGAAGAACCACCAGCCCUGGGGUCGAGGUGGAGGAGGAGCCCCACUCAGAGAUAGCACUGGAAAUCUUAUCGCUGACCUCAACCAGAUGCACAAGCUGAAUGAGGAGGCCUACAGCAACCCAGAGCAGUGGCAGAAGAGGGCCACGGCUGCCAUAACGGCCCGCCGGGCAGAGCUCCCUGACCCCAGCGAGAGGGUCUCUGGUACUGUAGCAGAGUGCAGUAGCCAUGACAGUAGUGACAGGCUCUCUGGUUUCAACCAUGUCCAAAGCCCCCAGUUUGCCAGAGGCAAUGUGUUUACUAGCCAGCCCACCCAACAACAACUCAAUGAGCAGGACAAGUACAAAGCUUACCUCAAACAGCAGAUUGAGGAGAAAAUGCGUAAAAAGACGGAGGAGAGGGAACGGACGAGACUGGAGGAGGAGAAAGAGGAGAAGAGGCUGCAGGAGCAGAGGGCUCGCAUCCAGAGGGAGUAUGAGGAAGAGCAAGAGAGGAAGAAACGGAAAGAAAUGGAGCAAAAGGCCAAGAAUGAAGAGCUGAUUCAGCUGGCUGAACAGAAAAGGAUGGAAGCAGAGAGGAAGAAGAAGGAAGCGGAAGAGAAAGAGAACGCACUACUGAGGAGGCAGUAUGAGAGGGAGAGACAGGCUCGGGUGGAGGAGGUCCGCAGGGAGCCCUCGCCUCCAAUCCCCACUCUGCAGAACAGACGUGGGCUACACCAGUACACCCCCAGGCCCCCCACUGUUGACAGCCAGCAUUCCAUGGUCCCCCUCUCUGAGCGCUCUUUGUCUGGUCUCCAGUCCCCUCCUGUCCCUGCUUGCAGGAAUCAGCUGCGAGCUGCAGGUGACCAGCGCAACGUGUUUAAUGAGCUGUCAGUGUUGCGUCGACAGCUUCGCAGUGAACAGAAACGGCUGGAGGGUCGUCUGCAGCAGGGCGACUGGGACGAAUCAGACUCUCCUCUGAGUGACAGACAUCGGGAGCGUCCCGUUGUGGACGUGUUUGAUAUGGCCAGGCUGCGGCUCCAGGCUCCGGUCCGAAGGCCGAACUCCAGGAACCUGCUGCGACUCCACGACUCCCUUCAGCUCAAAUACACAGAUUGUGAGUCCAGGCUGGGCUUCAGUGAGGUCCCUAAGCUGGAGGAAGUGGCUGUGACCAGCAGGAGGAGGCGGGACUACAUGGAUCCAUAUGACCAGUUCAGCAGCCAGAGGUCUACAGUCCAAGACGAUUAUUUUGACCUGGCCCCACCACAGCAAAGUGAUUAUCUGAGGAGUGCGAUGGGGGGGUCAGCAAGAGGUUCUCUGCUGGAGUCAGAGAGUGCUUUCAUCGACCCCCUAGGCGAUGCCUUUCCAGCGCCGCGUACCCCAGAGCAUGAGAAGACCCCUCUGCUGUCAGCCAGGGAGCGGAGGAGGCUGGCCAAACAGUCACAGCGCCCCCAGGAUCAUGCUGCUUCCAGCCAGCCCUUUGGCCAACAUGAUGAUGAAGUAACCCACACAGGGAACAGACUGCAGCGGGAAACAGAGCCCGGCGGUGAGGGGAGGAGCCGGGACAGGACAGGUCACCUGAGGGCUCUCAGUUGCCUUGGCAACACAGCUGGACCAGUGGAUCUGUCUGACGACGACAACGACUCCUCCCCUCCCCGUUUUUUUCUUCACAAUCUCAACCAUCAAAGGGCUGUAGGAACUGUCGCCACGGAUCGCUGGACACGACCGGGAACACUGGACACACUGAAACGUUUGGACCGACCGUCGAGGAGGGAGCAGUUGACGACGUAGGACCUCGGAGGCAUGGAGGGGCCUUCCUCUUUUGACAGCUCGUCUGUCCUUGAAUCAGAGGAUCAUGGAUGGAAAUGUCAAUAUGAAUGUCUGAAAAAUUAUGCUUACGGGUAUGUACUCGUUAAAUCAUUGUUUGCACCAGAGAACCUCUGUCCCAGAGAACUUGCAGGUUUUUGUUUUUAUUUGACAUUUGCUAUUUUAUUAAUGACUAAAUUAUGUCUGAAAUAAAUUAUAUUUUAAUUAAAUGA